AUUUGGUGUAAUCAACAAGGAUUUAUCCUUGUAAUUAAGACUCUGUCCUUUUAAUAUUUAAAGAUGAAUACUUCAUGAAUUGUUACAAUUCCUUGAUUAUGAUUCUUGAAUGUUGAUUCUCUUGUUUUUGAGAGUAUUCUUGAAUGGCUGAUCUUGUCAUAAUAUCCUUCGUUAGUGGAUAAUGAAUAAUUAGGAUGGAGGCAAAUAAGAGUUUCAGUAAUAGCUUGAAGCAUAUGGUACUGCAGACUGCAAAGUGUUCUAUAAUAUUUCUGUAGCUGAAUUAACGUUAGAUAAUAUUAUCCCACAUCGAUGGGUAAAGAAGGUUUAUGAGUGAACUAAUGAAGAUGGGUGAGGCUAUUUAGUGGAAGGUGAUCCGUUUUUACUGUUAAGGUCCACCUCUGGAAGUUAACAUGGUCUAAGAGUUGAAGAACGCCCAACAGUCGAAUGAUCUUCAAUUUAGUUUAAGUUUAGAGUUUGGACUAGUAAGAAGAUUAAAUCUGUGUUAAGACUUUGGACCAUAGAGAAAUAGGCCAUGGUUGACGAUGGUUAGAGAUGCCGUUCAAAUUUUGUAAGUAAUAGAUGUCCAGUCCAAAUGCAUUUCAGGGAGAAUUUUAGGGAUUAUAAUCCCACAUUGAUCAGCAGUUUAAAACACAACAAGUAUAUAAGAUUGACGGGUGAACUGACCAAGAUGGUUGAGGUUCUUGGUUCAAGUAACGAACAAGUCGCAACUGCUUCACUGGAGUCAAUUCAGGAAUUUGCUAGCUUUCCAGAAGCUAUGGAGGCCAUCUUCCCCGAAAAUGAUUCAGAUCUCAGAAAUUUAUCAGCUCGAUGUUCAUCACUGGCACGUGUUCGAGUGUGUUCUUUGAUAGUGAAGUUAUUCUCUGCCUCUGCCAGUAUGGCAGCAGCAGUCUACAAUUCAGAACUUCUUAGUUUAUUGGAGGCCGAAGUCAGCAACAAAGAUGAUACUCUUGUAACUUCGAGCAUUUUGGAGCUCUUUUAUGAGUUAGCAGAAGUCGAGCAUGGUACAGUGUUAUUAGGAGGGACACCUAUCAUCCAAGUUCUUUCUUCUAUAAUCAGUGACACAUCUGUGGAUAGAAUAUUAAGAUCAAGAGCAAUGAUGAUUACUGGAAGGGUCCUAUCCAAGGAAAAUUUUUAUGCAGUAACUGAUGAAUCUAGUGUUAAACCUCUUAUCUCAGAUAUUGACAGACUGCUUGAAUCCGAGAUUCAAGACUCGGACGAAUGUGAAUGUGCACUGGAAGCAUUGGGCAAAAUUGGAUCAUCUACAACGGGAGCUACACUUCUGCUUUCAAUGUUACCUCCUGCUGCAAGGCAUGUCAUUUAUGCUGCAUUUGAUAGACAAGCACGUGGAAAACAGUUGGCUGCAUUGGCUGCUCUUGGAGACAUCUCAGGACAAUCACGGUCUGAAAAUGACAUAAUACUUAAUGACGAAGCAGAAGAAAAUCUGCGGCGCUUGAUCUAUGAAACAGCAUCCAAAAGUUCUAAGCUAACACCAUCAGGUCUUUUCCUAUCAAUUCUUCAACAGGACUCAGAAGUUCGUCUGGCGGCUUACAGAGUAAUAACUGGGCUGGUUCGUCGGUCAUGGUGCCUAAUGGAGAUUUGCUCGAAACAAGAAAUUGUAAAUAUAGUGACUGAUCCAAAUAAGGAAACAGUAAAAAGAGGAAUGGAUGCUAGAUAUGAUUGUUGCAAGGCAAUUCAUAAAGCUUUUAUGGCGUCGGGUAAACUUAGCAGCAAUCCUGCCCUUACUGGAAUUGCUUCCAUGCUGCAGGAAGCUGUUAGUAGAGGGGCAUAUUUCACCGGCCAGCAUCGGGUGGCGCAGCCCACAGUAAAAACAGCUGAGAGAUUCUAAUUUCCAUUAGAAGACGUUGAGCGGAAAAGAUUGUAAAUUCUCAUACAAACAUAAGUCAUAGUUUCUCGUGUUAUAUACUUCUUCCAUGUCUUGUGUCUUGUUCGGUUUGCCUAAUCGGCUAGUGCACACACUUUGUGAAUCAUUCCUGCUUAGGCAGAUGGAAAAAGUUUCUAUCUAAGUUUCAA